AUGGAAUCUGAGCUGCAACCUGUCUAUAGUCUUCUUAAGCCAGGAAUAUGUGAUUGGGAUCAAGAGAUUUUAAAUGAUUUAUUCUCUGAAAGAGAUAAAAACCUUAUUAACAGUAUUGUUCUUAGUCCUACAGCUGGUACAGAUCAGUUGUUUUGGUUCAGAGAUCUAAAAGGUAAAUUUUCUGUUAAGGAUGCGUACCGCAUCCAACAACCUGAUUUCUUUGUGUUGUACCCUUCUGAUGUUGCUGUUUGGAGAAGAUUAUGGAAGUUGAAUAUUGCGACUAAAUGUAAAGUAUUUAUGUGGAGAGCUUUAACAAAUCGGCUGCCAGUCCGAACGAAUUUGGUGAUGACAAAAGUAACUGAGGAUAGUAGCUGCCCUUGCUGUGUAUUUGAGCCUGAAACCAUUAUGCAUAUUUUAAUUUUGUGUGAUGUAGCAACUCAGAGCCGGAAAUAUGUCAAUUUGUAUCAAGUCUUAACUCAAGCUCCAAAUCUGUUUGAAGGUGCCCGAUCAGUUUUUGAGCGUUUCGAUGAUAGUAUAGUGGCAUCCUUUUUGGUACUCUGUUGGAGUUUAUGGACUAAUAAGAAUGAUGUUGUGUGGAACCGGAAGAAACUGAGUUGGAGAGCAGUAGCAUCCAGAGCUAGUUCUUUUCUUUUCCAAUGGGGGAAGACAAGGAAGUUGACGGACUAUCAACAGCUAGGGAGGCAUUUUGCAGGUGGAGAUUGUUUAUGGCAGAAGCCAGCAAUAGGGAAAUACAAACUAAAUGUUGACGCGAGCUCUAGUGCUGAAAGAGGAAAAUUAGGAGCAGGCUUUGUUCUAAGGGACGGUGCGGGAGUUUGGAUAACAGGUGUCUUAAUCACUAGACCAUAUAUUGCCAAUCCGGAUGUAGCAGAAGCAUGGGCACUAAAAGAGGCCCUGUCCUGGAUUCAUGCGAAAAUGAUGGAAGAAGUCCAAAUUGAAAUUGAUUGCCUUCGAAACAUUAAGCUGCUAGAGGAAGAGUUGCAUCCGAAUUUAUAUUUGCUUUGUUUGCUAAGGUUUGUCAGGAUUUGCUUAGAGUUUUAA